AUGGCAGCAAUUACGCCGAAUAUGUUCUUAUAUUCUUUGUCAUUACUUCCUCCAUCGGCCAUUAGUAUAACAGUUGUUGGGCAGUUUUCUGGUCAAAAGCAGCAGGAAAUAGUUGUUGCUCGUGGGUCUCGUCUGGAACUUCUUAAGCCAGAUCCUAAUUUGGGAAAAAUAAAAACAUUGUUAUCACAUGAUGUAUAUGGGAUAAUACGUUCAUUGAUAGGGUUUCGUUUAGCUGGAACCAAUAAAGAUCAUUUAAUAGUUGGAUCCGAUUCUGGUCGUAUUACGAUUUUAGAGUACAAACCUGAUACUAAUGUUUUUUCGAAAGUUCAUCAGGAAACUUAUGGAAAAUCUGGUGUAAGAAGAGUUGUUCCAGGUCAGUAUCUUGCAGUUGAUCCUAAAGGAAGAGCCACUAUGAUAGCAUCUAUUGAAAAAAAUAAGCUAGUAUAUGUAUUAAACAGGGAUUCUGCUACGAAUCUUACUAUUAGUUCGCCUUUAGAAGCUCAUAAAAGUUGUUCUUUGGUUUUUUGUCUUGUUGGAUUAGAUGUUGGGUAUGAGAAUCCUGUAUUUGCUGCUUUAGAAGUGGAUUAUACAGAAGCUGAGCUAGAUCCUUCUGGAAAAGCAUACCGUGAUACACAGAAAGUUCUUACGUAUUACGAACUUGAUCUUGGGUUAAAUCAUGUUGUUAGAAAGUGGACCGAUCCUGUUGAUCGAAAAGCUAAUCUUCUUAUUGCGGUUCCUGGUGGUACCGAUGGACCGUCGGGGACUCUUGUUUGUACAGAAAAUUCUAUAUUUUAUAAACACAAAGGAAAGAAAGUCCAUAGAAUACCUAUUCCAACACGUAUGGGUCCAUUGGCUCACCCUAAAGCAAAACAGAUUAUUGUAUCGUACGUUGUUCAUAAAAUGAGAGGUGCUUUUUUUUUUCUCCUUCAGAACGAGGAUGGUGAUUUAUUUAAAGUAACUAUUGAUUUAAACGAUAAUGAAGUGAAAUCUUUAAGGAUAAAAUAUUUUGAUACUGUACCAGUUUCUACAGGUCUCUCUAUUUUAAAAUCUGGGUUUUUGUUUGUAGGAAGUGAAUAUGGAAACCAUCAUUUAUAUCAAUUUGAGAAACUCGGAGAUGAUAAUAAUGAGAUUGAAUUUUCUAGUGUUAAUUUCCCUGUUUUAGAUUUAAAUGAAACAUAUGAACCUUCAUAUUUUCGUCCUCGACCUUUGGAAAAUUUGCUUCUUGUAGACGAUAUGAAUAGUAUGAAUCCUUUAAUGGAUUCUAAGAUAUUAAAUCUUACGGAUGAAGAUGCACCGCAAAUAUAUGCUCUUUGUGGUCGAGGUGCAAGAUCUACUUUUAGAAUUUUAAGGCAUGGUUUGGAAGUUAAUGAGAUAGUUGCAAGUGGACUUCCUGGAUCACCUACAGCUGUUUGGACUACAAAACUUGUUUCAACUGAUCAAUAUGAUGCGUAUAUUGUGCUUUCAUUUGUUAAUGGAACUUUGGUUUUAUCAAUAGGUGAAACUGUUGAAGAAAUUUCUGAUACAGGUUUUCUCUCUUCUAGUCCAACGUUAGCAGUGCAGCAGCUUGGUGAUGAUGCACUAAUUCAAGUUCAUCCUAAGGGAAUAAGACAUAUUCAGGCUGAUAAGCGUGUUAAUGAAUGGAAAACUCCUCCACAUCGAAGUAUUGUACAAGCAACUACAAAUCAGAGACAAGUUGUUAUUGCUUUGUCAAAUGGAGAAAUUGUUUAUUUUGAGUUGGAUGACGAGGGAAAUUUGAAUGAGUAUCAAGAUAAAAAGCAAAUGACAGGUUCUAUUACGAGUUUGAGCAUUGGUCAAGUGCAAGAAGGACGACAACGCCAUCCUUUUUUGGCUGUUGGAUGUGAUGAUAGUACUGUAAGAAUUAUUUCUCUAGAGCCGGAUAAUACUCUUGAGAAUCUGAGUGUACAGGCAUUAACAGCGCCUCCAAAUUCGUUAUGUAUUAUGAGUACGAAAGAAAGAAAUAUUGAAACUUUUUAUCUUCAUAUUGGUUUAAAUAAUGGAGUAUAUUUAAGAAGUGUUCUUGAGACUUCUACAGGUCAGCUUAAAGAUACUAGAACUCGUUUUCUUGGCUCUCGUCCAGUGAAAUUGUUUUGUGUUAUGAUUCAAAAUCAGCUUAGUGUUAUUGCUUUAUCUUCAAGGCCUUGGUUGGCAUAUAUUAUUAAUGCUUCCCUUCAUCUUGUUCCGUUAAUUUAUGAGAGUCUUGAGUAUUGUUGGGGUUUUUCAAGCGAACAAUGUCCCGAAGGUAUUGUAGGGAUUCAAGGACAAGAUUUAAGGAUUUUUACGAUUGAAGGGUUGGAUAAUGUUCUUAAACAAGAUUGUAUACCAUUAACAUAUACGCCUCGUCGAUUUAUUAAACAUCCAAAUGAACAUAUAUUUUACAUUAUUGAAUCGGAUCAUAAUGUUCUUCCUUUGAAUGAGCGGCAGAAACGAAUAGAGGGUUUACAGAAUGGAGAUUCUUUUGUGCUCCUUCCUGAAGAUUUUGGAUUACCUAGAGCUUCGACCGGAAAUUGGGCAUCAUGUAUUACAGUUCUAGAUCCUCUUGCUAGAAAGGUUCUUUCUAAAAUUGAAUUUGACGAUAAUGAGGCUGCAUUUAGUAUUGCUACUGUAGCUUUUAAAAAUCAAAAUGAUGAGAUUUUUCUUGUUAUAGGUACUGGAAAAAAUGUUAUUUUGUCGCCUAAAUCAUUUUCUUCUGCUUAUAUUAAUAUUUAUCGGUUCGUUGAUGAGGGUAAAUCUAUUGAACUAGUUCAUAAAACUGAAGUGGAUAAUAUUCCUUUGGCUUUACUUGGAUUUCAAGGUAGGCUUUUGGCUGGAUUAGGUAAAAUGCUACGAAUUUAUGAAAUGGGGAUGAAAAAGUGUCUCCGUAAAUGUGAAGUUCGGGCUGUUCCGAAUUGUAUUGUUCAGCUUCAUACUCAAGGAAGUAGAAUUAUAAUUGCUGAUAUCCAAGAGUCUAUUCAUUUUGCUGUUUAUAAAUAUCUUGAGAAUCGAUUAAUAGUUUUUGCUGAUGAUAUAAUCCCUCGGUGGACCACAAGUUUUACAAUGUUGGAUUAUGAUACUGUAGCUGCUGGUGAUAAGUUUGGAAAUUUUUGGAUUAAUAGAUGUCCUCCUGAAGUUUCUGAAAGUGCUGAUGAAGAUCCCUCUGGAGCUCAACUUAUUCAUGAAAAAUCAUAUCUUUUUGGUGCUGCAAAAAGGUUGAAAAUGUUGGCCCAUUUUUAUAUAGGGGAUAUGUUUACGUCUAUGCAUAAAGUUCAAUUAAUUGCGGGUGGACGUGAUAUUAUUGUUUAUACGGGGAUGAUGGGAAGUAUAGGUAUUUUUUUGCCUUUUGUAGGAAGAGAGGAUGUGGACUUUUUUCAACAACUAGAGGCACUUAUGAGAACAGAGGAUCCUUCAUUAAUAGGUCGAGAUCAUUUAAUAUAUAGAGGAUAUUAUGUUCCUGUAAAAUCUGUUAUUGAUGGUGAUUUAUGUGAGAGGUUUUUAAUGCUUCCAUAUGAUAAAAAACAAAUGAUAGCUAAUGAGUUAGAUCGUGAAGUUUCUGAAAUAGCAAAGAAAAUCGAAGAUAUGCGAGUAAGAGUAGCAUUUUGA